AAUCACCAAACCGUCUUUGUCUCAACCGCGAUGGCGAAACGCCUAGUGCGCGGAAAGGGUGGCCUACGAAUGAUAUCAGUGGAUGGACAUGGGUCUAUUUUUGAUCUCGCAGAGCCUUCAUGGGAUGAAGAUUCUAAGCAUCCAUCAUGCAGUAACCCCGAUUGUGCAGCUCAGUUCAACGUUCUGCAUCGGCGGCAUCACUGUCGUGUCUGUGGCAAAGUCUUUUGUGGAAACUGUUGUGACCAUAAGCAGCCUGUACUGCGCAUGGGACUCGUUGAUCCAGUGAGGUUAUGUCAGCAUUGCGAGUCAGAGGUAAAGAAGGACAACAUAUUCUGUAGCAAGCACCUCAAGGUGUUGACCACAGGUGCAAAGUUCACUCUGGCAGAAGUGAUUGGUGUGGAGUUUGUUUGCAGACUGUCAGAUGACCAUAGUGAGAUUCUCUUUGGGGGUGCCUCUGUGGAUAGUCGUGAUCCAAUCAAUUUGAAAGGAAUCAUUGAAGUAAUCAAUAUAGAGAAUGAGCAGCUGCCAACACAGGAAAGAGGUUCGUUUUCUUCAGAAGUGUGCGGAUUAGUCCUCGUGUAUAGACCACCACACAGUAAAGAAGAAGUGAGCAUCCAAUUGAAAAUUGUCGAGCAGGAGGAUAAGGCUAAACAUGGAAAAGAAUGGCUUUUGGCUUUGAAAAAGGCACUAACCAUCUUGCACCGGAAGAAGUAAUGUACACUGCCAUCUUGGUGGAAUUAUCUGUGGCCCUAAUCCCGUGAAUAGAAGAAAGUGCUGUUAGUGGAUUGUUAUGAUCAUAUUGACAGACAAGGUUGUUAUCUGUA